AUGUUGAGGCGCCACAUGAAUGAGACUGAGGUAAUAGACAUGGUAGCCCACUCUUCAGAAAUUGAAAAUAUUGUUGUUCGAGAUGAGGAACAGAAUGAGCUAGAGACGUUGGUGCGAUCAUCGUGCCCAUUAGAAGUUAAGGUUCUAAAAAACAUGGAAAGAUAUCCAUUCUCAUUCAGGUUGAUUUAUGCUCAACUGUUGUACAGAUCUCGUGGCUCAAUUGAUACCUUUUUGUUGGUUUCUGAUGCAGCCUACAUAAGUGCAAGCUUGGCACUCAUUAUGCUUUCACAUUUUAUCAAAUUUAUAGACUGA